GUUUAAUUAAUGUGUAAUUAUUUAAAAUUAUUGUUACAAUGAUAAAGUAGUUUUUUGUUAUAAAUAAUGACUAGUUCCGACUUAUAUAACCGAAAGGUUUCUGGAAAGAUUAAGCUCAAGGGAAUCUCGAAACUUUACAAGAAAAAGAAGAAGGAAUCCAGUGAAGUAGAUGAUUCAAAAAAUGAAAAUAGUGAAAACAAAAAGGUUAAUGAAUUCAUUGGUACUGGAAGGAUAGUAUCUUCAUCAAAUACAGUUCAAGGGUUUGAAACAAAGUUUGUAGAAGAGGCUUCAGUUAACGACAGAAUCAUCAUUGAGCACCCAUUAACUCAUGGCACUGAGGAAAGGGUUAUAACUUGUAUUUUGAGUAACAGAACAUUGUCAAUUGAUGAGCCUUUUAGUGUUGACUUAAUAACAACGAUUCCUUACAACAUAAGAAAAGAGGAUGUUCAAACUGAUAAAGAUGGAGUUAAAGUUGAGACUUUAAGAGAUAAGAAUAAAACCACCACCAUAUCAGUUAGGGAGAAAUCUGGUAUGUGGAGCUACAGAAACGUUACGAAGACCGUUAAAGGCAAUCUAACACAAGAAGAUCGUCUUGAUGAAAGAGUUAAAUUAGGGAGAGAUAAGUACUGCUGGUGAGAUUGAUCAAGGAUAUUCAUAUGGCAGAUUCUAAAAUAUUACCAGAAUUUUAGAGUUAUUUCAUACACAUCCAAUAAAUAGUAGGAUCACAAGCAUCCAUUUUUUAUCAUUAUUUUGAUGAGCUUGAAAUUGAAAUUUUAUAUGUCUCAGACAUACUUGAAUCUAUAAAUAGCUGCUCAUAAGAUGGUGUAUAUACCCCAGCAUGGAAAAAUUAAGGAUCUAUUAAAAACGAUUAAGUCUGCACAUUUUAAAUCGAUAUAGUAAGGGGAACGACUCUAUUAUAUCCGUAAAAUAUAAAUCCAGAAA